UCUGGAUUUUCUCAACCAGAGAGGGCUUCAUUAAAGAAGAGGAGAAGGUGUCCUAGAAACACUAUAAAAUAGCUCAGCGCUCUCAGUGGCCUUUUCAUUGAACAUUGACAUAAGAGUUACAAAAGCUUUGAUAGGCAAGAAAUGGCGACUGUGUCCCCCGUCUCCGAAUUGCGGGUUGAAGGUUACUCAUUUCCGCCGGCCGUGAAACCACCAGGUUCCUCACAAUCUCUCUUUCUCGCCGCUGCAGGGGUGAGGGGGUUGGAGAUACAGGGAAAAUUCAUCAAGUUUACUGCGAUUGGUGUGUACUUGGAAACUGAUGCAAUUCCCCAUCUUGCUCUCAAAUGGAAGGGAAAAUCGGCAGCGGAACUUGCAAAUUCCGACCAAUUUUACUCCGAUGUUAUCAAAUGUCCAUUCGAAAAAUUUACAAGGAUUACAACUAUAUUACCCUUGACCGGUGAGCAAUAUUCAGAAAAGGUGGCAGAGAAUUCUGUUGCAGGCUUGAAAGUGGCCGGAAUAUUUGGGGAAGAAGAGGCCGCGGCCGUUGACAAAUUCAAAGAAGUCUUCAAGGGCCUUAACUUCCCUCCCUCUUCCUCCAUCCUCUUCACUUACUCCACCUCAGGCUCAUUAACGAUUGGAAUCUCCAACGACGGAUCGUCCCCUGAGGACGGGAUCACAGUGAUAGACAACAAAGGCCUUGCUGAAACGAUACUGGAGUCGAUCAUCGGGAAACAUGGGGUUUCACCAGAGGCAACGAAAUGUCUUGCAGAGCGCAUCUCUCAGCUCUUGAGCAAUCACUCAAUCCCAACGCCUAAGCUACCAGUGGACCAAAACAAUAUUAUUCCAGUCUAAUGUGAUACCGUGGGAUCAAGUUUGGAUCGCAGGUUCUUUGUUUAAAUUAGAUUUGGAGUGCCCUUAUCAUGCAAACAAUUUGAUGUGUUUAUGUAAAGCUGAGAAGUUUUCAGCGAGAUUGUUCGACUCAUGUCAGUCUUGAUUUUCAAAGGUUUUAGGGUCUGAGACAAAUUUUAAAUCACUGGAAACAUCUUUC